AAUGGAGUCGGAUAAAGGAGUGAAUGAACAUUUAAAGCUCCAGUUUAAGGCUCUACAGGAGCUGCAGCAGAAGAGGUUGCAAAAUCUGAUGGAGAAAAAGAAGGAAAAGAAGCACAGUCACAAGGGCAACAAGAACAGCCCGCAGGAGACAUUUGGAGUCCAGGAUGAUCUAGAUCUGUUUACGGUAGAUGGACUGAAGAUAUCAGAUGAAGACAACAGCAAAAGGUUGCUUGAGGAUGAAAUUGAACAGCUUCAUGACCACCUUCGAGAGGUCACAGAUGAAAACGGCAGACUGUACAAACUGGUGAAGGAGAGGGACUUUGAAAUUAGGCAGCUCCAAAAAACAAUAGGGGAGGAGAGAUUGGCCUUGUCAGGAACGUCUGGUUUAGCAGGGGAUAUCGCAGCUACUAAAAUAGUUGAACUGUCCAAAAAGAAUCGUGAGCUAACCGCUGAGACCGAAAGUGAAAAAACCAAAGUGAAACAGCUGAAUAACAGAGUCAAAGAGCUGGAAAGAGAACUCCAGGCAGCCAUGGGAAAAAUCCAGUCUCUUGGCGGCAGUGACGCAGAAAUCAAGCAAUCAGCUCUGAGGAUGACAGAAGGAAACCUGCCUGGAAGUCCAGAAUUGAAAGCUGUGCAAGAAAAACUAACUGCAGCCAACUUGAAGAUGAUGGACUAUCGCAACCAGCUCCAGGCCACAAAACAAGAAUUGAAGAUGAUGCAAAAGCUUUUAGCAAGUGAAGUUGGUGAAGACGUGAAUGUUCAAAAUCUUUUGGCUACCUCCGGUACCUGGCGUGGACGGGCCCAGCAGAUUCUUGUUCUACAAGGCAAGGUUCGAGAGCUAGAGAAUCAGUUGGGUCAGAGCAAAAGUAGAGCAUCGAUGAACAGUAUCGACGAGGAAAUGUUGGCCCUUACAGAUCCCAGGAAAUUGUCAGCCCAGGAGAGAAACCUCCUCCGGAUUCGCAGCUUGGAAAAAGAAAAGAGAGAGGCCUUGGAGAAACUCACCGGGGAGCAUAACGCUCUUCAGAAGGAUCAUGAAGACGUGAAAAUAAAACUGGAUGCAUCGAAAGCCAGGAACAAAGUGCUGUCCAAUGAGGUGAAAACGCUGAAGGGGCAGAUCCUGACCCUGCUGGAGAAAGGGAAGCAUGAUGAUGAGCUCGUGGAUGCUUUACUGAGCCAGCAGAAGGAAAUGCAUGAGAUCUUAAAACACCUGAGCCAGCAGGAUGAGAAGAACAAGGAGUCUCAGCAGAGCCUAGGACAGCAGUUGAACAGCGAGACUCAGAAACAGAGCUGUCUCAUAGAGCAGCUCAAACAGAUGGUGGCUGAACGAGAAGCCAAGGUGAAAGAGCUGGAAGAGGAGGUUGGGCAGCUCAUGCUUCAGCAGCAUCAGAAGAAAGAAGCCACUGAGGAGGGCAGUCCAGAUGUUCCGGACUCGCCGUCCUCCGAGCUCUCAGAAGAUGCAAGUUUUACUCUAAUCAAGUCACCAGCCUCCGGCGGUGAUCAUGUUGGGAGGAUUGUGUCUGCUCGCACCGUGUCUAAGAUGGGGCAUACGCUUGUAGAAUCUGCAGCUACUAAGUCUUCGUCUCCAAGUAAUAACAUCACACCGGGCAGGACUGCUGACACUGACAGCCCAGAUCUGAAAGCACUGCAAAAACAGAUCACAGAGUACAAGGCUCUCCGCCAGGCUGCUGAAGUGGAAAGAGACAGGCACACAGCACUAAUCGCUGUGUUGCAGAAAAGGGUGGACGAAUGCCACAAUAAAGUUUUGGAAGCUGAGAAGAAGCUUCAAGAAGAACAACGUAGAUCGGUCAUUUUGGAGCAGCAGCUCGAGAAACUGAAAAUGGAUACAGGGAAGAACGGAAACGUACAGAAACCUCCCACCAGGAACAAAGCCGGUCAGUCUGCAAAUACCGCCAAACAAACCUUGACUGUGGGCGACAGGAAAGAUUUGGCUGCAGUUCAGUUCUCAGAGGUGCCCCUGGAGUCUCAAAUAGAAGAGCUGAGCACAAGGCUUCAGAUCCAGGUGGAUGAAAACAAGGCACUGAAGAGAGCCCUGGAGAGCACUGCAAGAAUGAAAGAGGAGGAUUUCAAACUGUACCAAGAGACAAUGAGCCAAGUGAAGGAGAUCUUUCUACAGGCACUGCGGCAACAGAAGCAGGAGAAGAAUUAAAGCAGGGCAUUCAAACUCCCUUGGUCUGCAGCAGGAAGAGAGUCUAAGAAUAGAUCCAGUGAAUUGAGAUGCAGGAGCGGUCUCAUUAGCCACUGCCCCAGAACGUUUAAUUUUUUAGCACGUACAGGAGAGGGUGGGAAACACUGUUGAACCUUACAUUAUAAAGGGACUCUUUAAAUUUCAGCAAAUCCCCAGUUGGAAGAUCUCAGCCCAUGACCAUCCAUGCAAGUUGGAUGCACUUUAUCAGAGCUCCAAGGCUGCAGCCCUAAUAUGAGCAAAACUUCCCUGGGUUGCAGUCGGCCUCUGCUGGAGAAGACUCCAGGUCUAAAAUGCCCUGAUUUUUAUCUGCAAAUAUAGAACCUGUUUCAUAUUAAGCUCAUUCUCAAUAUCUUCUUUGUAAACCAUGCAGGAAUUAAGCUAUAUUCUUUUAAUUAAAUAGACACAGUCUCAGUCAGCAUACAGAUACCUGUCUGUCUACA